GAUGUGUGGUUGGUGACCUUGCCCCCAGAUGCUGAGGUGCCUGAAUCCCUGGCGCAGGCCGUUACUGAGCUGUAGUUGGAGUAGGCUGUGCCUUUUCAAGCAGUAUCUAUUUACAAUGAAGUUGCAGUCUCCAGAAUUCCAGUCACUGUUCACAGCAGGAUUGAAGAGUCUGACAGAAUUAUUUGUCAAAGAAAAUCAUGAAUUAAGAAUAGCAGGAGGAGCAGUGAGGGAUUUAUUAAAUGGAGUAAAACCUCAAGAUGUGGAUUUUGCUACCACUGCUACCCCUGCUCAAAUGAAGGACAUGUUUCAGGCUGCGGGUAUUCGUAUGAUAAACAAUAAAGGAGAAAAGCAUGGAACAAUUACUGCCAGGCUUCAUGAAGAAAAUUUUGAAAUUACUACACUGCGGAUUGAUGUUGUCACUGAUGGAAGACAUGCAGAGGUAGAAUUCACAACUGAUUGGCAGAAAGAUGCUGAACGCAGAGAUCUCACUAUAAAUUCUAUGUUUUUAGGUUUUGAUGGUACCUUAUUUGACUACUUCAAUGGUUAUGAAGAUUUAAAAGAUAAGAAAGUUAGGUUUGUUGGACAUGCUAAACAGAGGAUACAAGAAGAUUAUCUUCGAAUUUUACGGUAUUUCCGGUUUUAUGGGAGAAUUGUGGACAAACCUGGUGACCAUGAUUCUGAGACUUUGGAAGCAAUUGCAGAAAAUGCGAAAGGCUUGGCUGGAAUAUCAGGAGAGAGGAUUUGGGUGGAACUGAAAAAAAUUCUUGUUGGUAACCAUGUAAAUCAUUUGAUUCACCUCCUCUAUGAUCUUGAUGUGGCUCCUUACAUAGGCUUACCUACUAAUGCGAGUUUAGAAGAAUUUAACAAAGUUAGUAAAAAUGCUGACGGUUUUUCACCAAAGCCAAUGACUCUCUUGGCCUCAUUAUUCAAAGUACAGGAUGAUGUCACAAAAUUGGAUUUGAGGUUGAAGAUUUCAAAAGAAGAGAAGAACCUUGGUAUAUUCAUAGUUAAAAACAGGAAAGAUUUAGUUAAAGCAACGGAUAGUUCAGAGCCACUGAAACCCUAUCAAGACUUCAUUAUAGAUUCUAGGGAAUCUGACGCAAUGACCCGCGUGUGUGAACUCCUGAAGUACCAGGGAGAGCAUGGUCUUCUGCAGCAGAUGCAGCAGUGGUGCAUUCCUCCAUUUCCUGUGAGUGGCCAUGACAUCAGAAAAGUGGGCAUUUCUUCAGGAAAAGAAAUUGGGGCUCUGUUGCAGCAGUUGCGAGAACAGUGGAAAAAAAGUGGCUACCAAAUGGAGAAAGAUGAACUCCUAAGUUACAUAAAGAAGAGCGAAAACUGAUGAGAGCUGGCACUAAAUAGAAAAUUUGGGGGUAAGGCUAGGUUUUCUUCUCUCCCUCUCAGUGAGAUUUAAGAGACUUGACUAUAUAGCAGAAUGAAA